GGAAAAAAAAGAGCCUCAGUUGCUCGGCGUGCGCUGAAGUGAGAACGACAGAGGCCACGGCGCGGUGCUUUAAGCGAAAUCGUGCAGCUUUUGUAUUGUGUCAUAAACGAACUACUUCUCAUAACGUAAACAGCUUCGGACUAAUACGAUCGAAAAAGUUGUUUCGCCCCAAAUCGCCUCGUUUGCAAGACAGCCCCACACUGUUGCAUCGUUUCAUUUUUAUAUUUAUUGUCCCUCUCCCGGUAUUUCUGCAGCUGGGAAAGCGUCUGUCCAGGAUUUUCACGGAGAAAUAAGCAAAGAGAGUUUUCUCAUCGACAUGCAGACACUCUGACGGCAUUUUUCCUGUGACUUGUGAUCGCGGGAGGAUUUUCCGCGGUGAAGUGAUUUCCGUUUGUGAGUCAGUGCUGAAAAAGAGUGGUGAACUCAGGGAGGUAAAAGGUGAGAGCAGAGACACUAAGCAAGAGGAAUCCACGUGCUUCGGAGGCAAUAAAAAUGUUGAGGGUUGUUAAAGUCAUAUUGUUUUAUUAUGGCUAAAUUUAAUGGUCAGUUGAGUACAAUUGCGUCUCUGGGAGUGUGCCGAGAGUCCGUGAGAUUGGCAGGCAAAUGAAUCAACUGUGGACAAUGUUUGACACAGAACUGUGAGCCUCUGGGCCAUCGGGAGUUGGCAUGAUACAGUUGUGCACUUGAGAAGAGAGACUCCAUCACUGAAGGAAUCACACACUUUAUGACGAUAUUGCAGUCAUAAAAUUAAUUUCUUUUAUUGCCAUCUGAGUGACACAUGAGACGCUGAAGCAUUUGGAGGAAUUGCGUGAUCACUGGUUGAGAAAAGACAAGAAGCAGCUUGAGGGUGUGCAAGAGAAUCACCCCAAUCACGGAAGACGCCGCAAGUCUAUUGGCGAGAGAAGAAAAAUAGCACCUGCCCAUUGAGAAAUCAUCAGUUAGCAUAUUGUUGAUGACCCAAUAAAAAUUUUUUACUGGCUGUUUACACUGUGGGCAAUAAAGGCAAGCAAGAGUCUUACCCACACCGAUAUUUACAAGCACGCCAGAGAAAAUAUAGUUUGCCACACAAUUGCCCAAGGAGAGAUAUCAGACAAACUGGGAGAGAGCUUUCAGCGCCUCGUGGAAAAUUGUGGACUGUGUUGAAUAAUCUCGAAGAAGCCACAAGAACCGUAUAAACAAGUGACUGUUGUGAAAAAGACUCGAACGAAACGCCCAACUCCGAAGGCAGCCCCCUCGCAAGCUCCGAAGGAAGCCCCAGCUCGCCGCCAACUAGUAAAAUGUACCCCUAUGUCUCUAAUCAUCCAUCGUCGCACACAAGUUUGUCUGGCAUGCCGGGAUUCUCUGGCCUAGAUGAUAAAUCGUGCAGAUACACUGAGAGCAUGAUGAACACUUAUCAGUCCAUGGGUGUGCCGCCGAGUGCGUCCAGCUUCGCACAAUUCUACCAAGCCGCUUCCGCCGUCUCCGCCGCAUCCGCCGGCGCCAUUGGGGUUGGGGUGGACUCACUGGGGAACGCCUGCACACAGCCCUCGACCGGUGUUGUCUCCACCGGCGGCACAGGGCAGACCAUCACCGACAUUCCACGAUAUCCCUGGAUGACGCUCACAGCAGAGUGGAUGAACGGACCCUUCGACCGUGUCGUUUGCGCUGAUUUCAAUGGCCCAAAUGGUUGUCCACGGCGAAGAGGACGUCAGACCUACACGAGAUUCCAGACACUGGAGUUGGAGAAGGAAUUCCACUUCAAUCACUACUUGACGAGGAGGCGACGAAUAGAGAUCGCCCACGCCCUCUGCCUCACGGAGCGACAGAUCAAGAUCUGGUUCCAGAAUCGUCGGAUGAAGCUGAAGAAGGAGCUGAGGGCCGUGAAGGAGAUUAAUGAGCAGGCCCGACGAGACCGCGAGGAGCAGGACAAGAUGAAGCUCAAGGAGUCCCUGUCAACCGCCCAGCACAACAACAAACCACCCCAAGAGCACCCAAUAGUGACGUCACAAAAUUCAGUUUUCAAGUGGAACUGUUGAUCAAGUUUCCAGGUAAGAUCCACCAUUCAUUUCUAAGAUCGCGCUCGCGAUGCCAUGCAGUUAUAAUUUAAGCAAGUUUAGUGAGAACAAAAACACUAAUACGUAAGUAGAGAGUUUACAUGGUGAAAUGAAUAUUAGCAAAAGUCACUGUGGAUGCGAACUGCAAUAACAUACAGCAUUAGACUCUUCUCGAAGAGCGUAAAAUAUGCGAAAACAGUCAGAGAUUGCGUCAUCUUGACUCGCAAUCUCUCAGGACAAUUCAAUGGGAGGAUUUAGGAGGAGAGAAAACACAUAUACGUACUAGAAGUUAAGUGAGAAACCAACACACAAAAUACUUGUAAUGCAUUGAAGAAGAUGAAGAGAAAAAAACGUACUGAAGCUGGUCGGGCGACAGCCACAUAUAAGCAUAUUGAAGGAAAAAUUGUAGCAAUUAAUGUAGCUGAUAGAGGAGACAACAGAUAGUUCAAAGAGAGAAAAUCGAUAAGAGGGAAAAUUCCUCGAUGGAAAGAAUGCCAUUCUCUAAAAUUUCUUGUGCAAUGUCAGUGUUGAUUUUCUGUUGAAAUUGAAUUCUUGUGUUAAGCAAAUAAAAUGUAACUGUGAGUCUCGGAUAUUUUCUUCCCUCUUAGCCAUAUACAAAAAAAAUUCACGACAAAAUAUGUGAUCUUAUAAUUCUUUGCUUUACCUGUUCUCCAAUUCGUUGAUGUGUUCUUCCUUUUGACUUCUUCAAAUCUCCGAAAAAGAAAAAAUUUGCGUCUUCAUGUCGCGAAGGCACACAACAGUAUAUAUUGAAUUUAUAAGUUUUUUUUCCCCUCCAUCGCCAAGAAAAGGAGAAUUUGUGAUGCUACUUUUGCACUCCGAGAGAGGUAAUUAUUUUCAAUUGCGGAAGGUGAAACUGUGGGAGGUGUCUCUCCUAUAAUUGAAUCUCUUAUGGCAAUUCCCUUCUGCAGCGCCUCUCGAGCCGAUGAAAGAGUGACUAAGAAAUCGCCAUGCCUGAUGAGACAGUGAGUUUAAUUUCAUUGGAGAAUAAACUUCUCUUAUAUUUAUACUAGGCAUUUUAACGUGUGUCGGCGUGUCUGUGUUGUAUCAAAAGGUGACGACGUGUGAGCGUGAAUGUAAUUUAAAGAGAAGAUACUCUUUCUGUGCAUGGAAUGUAGCGCCCCAACCCCCAAAAUUCCCCCCCAUGAAUGCCUCGAAGUGUGAAUGGCAAUUUUAUCUAACUGUCUGUGGUAUAAUUAGGUGUAACAAGUGCGAAUGAUUUUUAAUUGAAGACAAAACAACUACAAUUAUUAACUGUUUAAUUGCAUAAGAUAAUGUGUGUAGUUAAUUGUGCCAAAUGUAAUUAAAAAAGAAAAUCUUCUGAAGACAAAAUCAACACAUCCACGCGUCAGGCUUGACUUUGCCUUGACGGAAUUUCUCUUUGAACCUAUAAAGAAAUAUAAGAAUCACGGGAGAUUCACUUAGGAAGAGUGGCAAAAUAAUUGACAAAGAAAAAAAUUCUAUUCGUCCAGAGACAUUGAGAAAAAAAGUGAAAAUAAGAAAUUGUAAAAAUGAUGUGACAUAAAAUUAAAAGAAAAUCCAGAGAAAUAUUGAUACAAUUUAAUCAUAUAAGGUGAGAUAAAAAAAAAGCUUAAAGACGGUUUUUUGGCAACAUGAGAUAAUAACUAACUAGAGCCUCUAAAUAACCAUGAAUGAAAUUGAUAAAAUUUUCAUAUCCGUUAAAAUAUAUUUUCCCUCACAAUACGUAAAGAAGAGAAUUCUUUUGAAAUUCUUAUUGACAAUCUCGAUUUUUUGGGAGUUGUGCUGUAGUUGAGAAUCUUCAUCAUUUUGUCAGACAAGCAAAUAUUGCUGAUUCAGUGAAAUCCCACGUAGUGAUUGAUAUAACAUUUUAAAUACGUAAUUUUGUCCAGGGUAGAUUUUAAUAUUCAACAAGAGAGAUGGAAUAACUAAAAAAACAUAGAGCAGAGAAAAUAGUUAGAAAACACAUUUUGCUCGAUAGAAAAAUUACAUAAUAAUAAUAAUAGACUUUUUGAGAAACAGAUUUUGCUCCUCACUGUAUAUUUUUGCUUUCUCCCGCUUAAAGUAUCAUUGGCGCGAAUUUAUCUGACGGAAGCUGCUAAGAAUCGAAUUUAAUAUAAAAGUUUUGCAGUAAUUUCCUCCAUCUGUUGCGUACUUAUUAGAAGAGAAAUCCUCUUUUUCUUACAAAUUAAAGAGUGAGAAUUCCAUGUUCUUUUCCUUGUUCAUUGCUAAUAAAAAGUGAGAAUUAUUUCCACAAAGGUAUCUCCAAACUGCCGUGUUAAUUCAUUGUAUUUCAUCCAUUUUCAUCUCGUAUUUUAAUUGCCAUAGCGAGAACAUUCUCGAUAUAGAAUGAAAUGAAAGGAACCAUAACGUCAGAGUGAAACACAAUUGCAUCUUACUCAUAAUUAUUAUUGUAAUAGUAAUUGAAUAUAUUUAAAGGUUUAAUUAAAAUAAACGCUUUGCUUAUUCCUAACAAGAUAAUAAUUAAUAACUUAAGUGUAUAAAAAUGAGCUAUUUCUUGCCACAAUAGGAAUUAAAGGGAGGAAAGAGAGGAAAAAACGUAAACAAGUAUAAAUGAUAUAGAAAGAAAACUUCAACACAUCUAAACUAUCCAUAAAAGAUGAUAAUAUUCAUUAGAAGAGCAACAUGUUUACAAUACACUAAAUAUACGUAAAGAAAUAUUAUUAAAAAAAAUAGAAAUAUUUACUAAAUAAAUAUGCAUAUUGUGUAAAUAUGUAUAUUUUUUUUCACCAGUUUCACUCAUUUGAGUCAUUUAUUUCCAACUGCGCUGUUGCGGACAUCCAAACAAGAGAGACAUAAAAGCAUCAAAUUUAGCCCAGAAAAAGUUUGUCAUUUCAAAUUUUCUUUUUUUGAAAAUUUUUAUCUGUGAUAAGAUUAUGUUAAUAAUUUCUUCUCCAAUCGAUUGUCGUUUUUGUAACCUUUUUUUGACUAUUUAUCUUACUUUCCGAAAGGUCUUUUAGUGUUUUUUUUCAGAAAGAUUUUUAUGUUGACCUUUUGUUUGAUUUUUCUUUAAUGUUUUUCUAAUUGACUUUAUUAUUAUAUUCUUAUAAUUCGUUAUUUAUUUUUCGUCAAUUAAAAAGAAUGCAGAAAAACAAAUUUACCGAUUUAAGUGGAAUUAUUUCUUAAUAAAAUGUGAAACUCUCUGUAUCCGAAUUAAUAUUUGUAUUUAAAGAGAGAGAGAGAGAGAGAGAUAGAGAGGAAGAGAGGGAGAAAGAGAGAGGUUGAAGAGAAAAAAGCUGAAACCUUCAGUAAAUAUAUAUUGAGAAAGAUAUAUGAAUUAAAUGGAAUGAUAUACAUUAUAAAUGUAAUUGACAUAAUUUUACUUUGACACCAACAAUUUUUAUAUCCCAAGUAUAAAAUAUCGAUAAAUUUGAGGUGGGGAAAAAGAAAUUGUGGCUCAAAAUGUCACGCAGAAUUUAUCGAUUAAAGAAAUAUCUCGCCCAUAAUUUAGUGGUAUAAAAAAAAACAGUGAAAAGGAAGGCAGAAGAGAAAAUGCAGAGAAAA